CCUGUGUGUGCCGUUUGUAAAAGUUCGAGUUGAAUUCUCCGGGAGUUAACUAGAACAUUAUUUGGGAUUUUGAGGUCCGGUUCAUAUAAAUGUAGGUCGACGUCACAGUUUGUUUUUAAAGCAUGUCUUACAUGGAGUGGGCCGAGUCUCAACUCGCUGAGGUAGAGCUGCUGACCAGCAUGUUUCCCGGUCAGGACGAGCUGGAGCUCACCGACCAGCUGGCUCUGGCUGAACUCAGGGGCUACGUGGAAAACUCGGCUUGUGGGGAAAAGCCUCCUCCCUCCAGACCCCAGUUUUUCAUCAAACAGAGACUGGACUCUUCAGUUAUGAAUGAGGCGGAGUUUAUUCUGACCUGUGCCUAUCCGUCUGAAUACCCCAGUGUUUUACCUGAAGUAACAGUAAGGUGUUCAGCUCUUAGCAGGGCCCAGCAGACAGAAAUCCAGACAGAUCUCAAUAAAUACCUUUUGAAAAACUGCCUGGGAGACUUAUGUGUGCUUGCUGCAGUGGACUGGGUGAAAGAAAACCUGGAACAUUUCAUUAAGAAGAGCUUAUCCACAGCACCGGCUCCUAAGUUGGAGUCUGCUUCUCAAACUACACAUGAAGUUUUCAGUCGACUGUGGAUCUACAGUCAUCAUAUCUACAACAAGUCAAAGAGGAAGAACAUUUUGGUGUGGUCAAAAGAGUUGGGCCUCUCAGGAUUCAGCAUGCCUGGAAAGCCUGGCAUUGUGUGUGUUGAAGGCCCUCAAUCUGCCUGUGAGGAAUUUUGGUCCAGAGUGAAGGUUCUGACAUGGAAGAAGAUCAUGAUUCGACACAGAGAGGAUAUCACCCUUAAUCGCCAAGGCGAUGACAGCAACACUGUCGAGAGUUUCGACUCCCUGCGCAAAUUCACAGGCUUUGAGGAGGCCAUGUUUGACCCUCAUGGGAAUAGAGGCAAUCAUAUGGACCUUGGCCAGCUCUACCAGUUCCUAAAUGAGAAGGGCUGCUGUGAUGUCUUUCAGAUUUAUUUUGGCAUUGAAGGCAGGUAGUAGUCCAAAUCUAUGCACAGGUUGUGAUUAAAGUAAAAUAAUUUAAUAAUUUUUUUAAAAAUUUGUUUUGUUUUAUUAAAGCAGCGCCAAUGAUAAAAUACAGAAAUAAUCACUGAAAUUUUAGAGAUUGUUUCAAAAAUUGGCAAAACGAAAGAAAACAGAUAAAAAUAAAUGAUGGAUCACUGGCAGAUUCCCAGUAUGUUCUUAAUAUCAAUUUCUAUUUUCUAAAUCAUGUAUGAUUUCCAUUUUUAAACAAACUGCAUUCAGCAAAAUCUCUUUGUACUUCUGUAUAAAAUGUCUUUAUAGAUAUUUGCUGAACAAUUUACAAAAUUCAGUUUACAAUGUUAAUUUGUUUAAACUUCUAAAAGAUAAUUUUUAGUACAAUUGGUUCAAAGUAGAGGCACCAUUACCCAGAUUUUUACCUGCUCACUGAAAGUGUGUUUUAGCACUUCCUUUUCAGAUUGACUACUAAAUGCCAGAUGACUUUAAAAAGUCCUGUUAAAUUAAAUUGUUGUUCACAGUUACUAACAUCUUUACAUGCAUGCAAAGUUUCAAUUUGCAAACUAAAAGUGUCCAGCAGAUGGCACUAAUAGAUAAUGGAAAUGCAAACAUUGAAUUCUGAGAACUUGGAUUAUAUAAAAUCAAUCACUUGUAACUGUAUCCAUGUGGUUAUUAAACGUUUGUUUUGUAUAGUAUGUUAAUCCAAAUCAAAGUUAUACGUUUCAUUUAUGGCUAACAAUCCAGUUAUUUAAUCUGAAAUAUUUGUGCUGGUUAGCCCUUUUCAGACAGAUAUCUAAAUUAAGUAACCUAUACUUGAAUAUUGAAUUUAUGAUUACCACUUGACUCAAGGUAUUUUGUUGAGUCAAGCUGUCUGGUCUUGUUGUCUGCAUUCUUGGCAUCGAGGCAAAUUUUGUUCUGGUGUGAUUUUGUCCCUGCUCGGGUUGCCCUGUGUUGUCAAAUCUGGUUUUUCAUCGACUAGAUCUUAAAGCAUCGUCAUGAACAAGAUGUUUGUUUGGGGAACAUCAGGGUUUCAUCUUUGCUUUUUGCAGAUGAUGUGGUUGUAUGUUGAUCUUCAGUUUGAUGUGAAAAAGUUCACAGCAAAUGAGAGACAGGUGAGAUGAAAUCCAACUCCUCUGAGUCUGAGGCCAUGAUUCCUUGUGGUUUCAGUAUUCUGGUGUGGUGUUCUUCAAUUUGUUUUGGUCACACCUAAAUAAUUCAGAUCAUCCAACAAAUUGUAAAAUCAAACAAAUAUCACACAAGCAUAUCUAAAAUGCUGUUUUUAAAUGAUUAUUUUCAUUUAAUUAAAAAAAAAAAUACUAUCCAAGCACUUCAUUUUAUCCUGAAUGACCAGGGGAAAUAGGAUCAAAUAUUUCUAACAACAAAAAGAAAUAACUAAAUAUUAAUAUGAUAUUAAACAAAAUUUUUCACAGUAGGCUUUAUCAGUGAUUGUGAAGAUUUGGUAGUAUUGCACAGUAAGUAAACCUGCUAGUUUGAAUUCAGACUACCCCUGCAUUUAUUUACUGUUUUCUUCUACAAGAUACCAAACCCAUCACUACCCAUUUUAUGUUCUUUUCUUUCCUCACUCAAUUUUAGAUAACAGUUUUCACUAAAUAAACAUUACCCUCCAAACACUGGGCAUCUCAGGACAUCUUUUUGUGGCUUAUUAAGAUUGGCCAGUCCUCUUCUUUAUUUUGCCCAGAAAAUGCAGCAAAACCUGCCUGUUUAUAGCCUAAAGCUUCCAUCCAAACUUUUCCUAAACAAAGACUCAGAAAAUCAAGCUUGGUUUGUUAAGCAGACAAAUUGACAUUUAGACCUCUAUCGGUUAAUUUAAGGAGCUCUCACAUUUUCUUUAAUCAAAAAUAAAUAAAUGAUACAUGAAAGGUAAUGACUAUCCUGUAUAUUCAACAGUAAUAGCUCUGGGACAACUGCCUUCAGUUAAGUUAAAAUUGGCUUUGAGAUAAACACCUUUUUAGUGUUUAAAUUAAAGAACAUUUUCUGUGGUGUUUUAUUGCAGAGGU